AGGCGCAAGCGAAGCCCAGUGGCUCCUUCUUUCCCAAAGGCUGGAGAAGUUCCCUCGGCGGCAGCGGCUCCUCUUCGCCUCUAUGCCCGGCCUUUGAGAGCGGCUGCGCUUGGAUUUACCGCGCUUGGGCUGCGACGCCGAGACUUCCGACUUUUCCCUCCUUUCGGGUUAUUCAUUUUUCCCAUUUUUUGGGGGGGGGAUACUGGACGCCAUGUUGUGGAAACUAGCCGACAAUGUCAAGUACGAAGAAGACUGCGAGGACCGGCAUGAUGGUAGCAGCAAUGGGAACCCCAGACUGCCCCACCUCUCAGCCGUCAGCCAGCACUUGUACAGUCCGGCUCCCCCGCUUUCCCAUUCAGGGGCUUCGGAUUUCCAGCCCCCUUACUUUCCUCCCCCUUACCAGCCUCUACCUUACUCUCAGUCCAGCGACCCAUAUGCGCACCUGGGAGACCCGUUUUCCAUCAACCCACUCCACCAGCCUCCGCCACCGCCUCCCACCCAGCAACAAACCAGCUGGCCCAACCGCCAGACCAACCAAGAUCAUUCCAAUCUCCCUCAUCCUGCCCGUUCAGGCUUGGUCUCUCAUCUCCCAAGUCUGGACAGUGGCUCUGUUGGGGUGAGGAGGGAUGCCUACAGGCGAUCAGAGCUCCUCCUGCCCCAUGGUCACGGUCUAGAUGCCUCCAGCCUUGCAGAAAACCUUGGACUCCAUGAAAUGGCUCAUCAGAUGGAAGAGGUCCAGAAUGUGGAAGAUCAACAUUUAUUAAUGCAUGACCAGACAGUCAUUAGAAAAGGUCCCAUUUCAUUAACGAAAAACAAUGCAUUAGGUCUCCCUUGCCAGAAGGACGGGCUCAUCGGGGUCGUGAUCAAUCCCAACGAGGUUUUCUGCUCCGUUCCCGGCCGGCUUUCUCUCCUCAGCUCCACGUCCAAAUACAAAGUGACAGUAGCAGAGGUUCAGAGAAGGCUCUCUCCCCCGGAAUGUCUCAACGCUUCUUUGCUGGGAGGAGUUCUCAGAAGGGCCAAAUCUAAAAAUGGUGGUCGGUCAUUAAGGGAGAAGCUGGACAAAAUUGGCCUGAACCUUCCUGCUGGCAGAAGGAAAGCGGCAAAUGUGACCUUACUGACUUCAUUGGUGGAAGGUGAAGCUGUUCACCUUGCUCGGGAUUUUGGCUAUGUAUGUGAAACUGAAUUUCCUGCUAAGGCUGUGGCUGAAUAUAUGACUCGUCCACAUAUGGGUCGCAAUGAUUUGGCUGCUAGGAAGAACAUGCUGCUUGCUGCAAAGCAGAUCUGUAAAGAGUUCACUGAACUUCUGACUCAGGAUAGAACCCCCCUUGGUAACGCAAGGCCAAGCAUGAUCCUCGACCCUGGCAUCCAGGGCUGCUUAACUCACUUCAGCCUCAUCACACACGGCUUUGGGAGCGCCGCGAUCUGUGCCGCCAUGACAUCCCUCCAGAACUACUUGAACGAAGCGCUAAAAAUAGCAGACAAAACAUACAUGAAUGUGGGAGACCAGAGCCCUGCGGAAACCAACAAAAGCAUUGAGAAGAUGGACAAACACCGGAAAUGAGAGAUAGAGGCAAUAAAAGAAGAAGAAAAAGAACAAAAGACUUUUAAAAACUGUUCUCGCACAUAGACUUCCAAUCUUCCUGCCUAGAGGGCAUGUAGAUAUCUGUUACAACUUACUUUGGGGCGUGUUUUAUUAUUACAUUGUUUUUAAAAGCAUCCUUCUGUGGAUCCCCCGUGAGAUACCUACCUGUCUCUCUCUCUUCUUUAAAGCUGCCACUAUCCAUUCAGUUGUGGGACCAGGCACCAGAAGGUAACUUAGGUACAAGCUUUUUUUAAAAAAAGGAUUAUUUACACAAUCAAAAGUGGUGCUAUUUCUCUCUUUUAAACUGUUGAAGUCUGUGAUGUGCUAUUUUUGAGACGCUUGGUCAAGAACCAUUUUCUCCCUUGUAUAUUUUUGAUAGCCUUUUGGUUUGAUUGAGACACAGCACUAAUCCAGAGCUUGGGAAGGUUGUCUUUGGGUGGAAUAAAACUCCCAGAGUCCUCAGCUGGCUGAGGAAUUCUGGGAGUGGUAGUCCAGAGUUAACUUUUCCAGGCUUUGCACUAAAUUGUAGUCUGAAGUGCAGUGCUGAGCAGCAUGUUUUUCUCUUGAUCCUGUUGUUGGACUGCAAGACUCAUUGGCCCUAGCCAUCAUUUGGGCAGCUGCUGUUAGCUGACAUCAGGACUGCACUUUGCCCAUUCCUGUGUGAGUGAUAGGCUAAUGAGCUUGUUGUUCAGCUAUCAGGUGUGUGUGACCUCCCUUCUCCAUGAAUUACAAGAAGGAAAUUAGCACCAUGUCCUUCCUCUUUUAAUAUUACACCUAGAAAGAAGAAAUAUGGUUUACUUUAAGCUGGCUUAUUGUUACAAACCAAGAUCUUCAAACCACACUUUGCUCCUCCUCCCCUCUCUCCUGCAGUGCAUAAUAGAUGCAGUUGGCCCUUCUAUCCCUUUCUUGGCAGCUACAAUUUCCCUGGCCCCAUUGGCCACUGCUUUCUUCCUGCGUGUUGUCUCCUUGUUCUUUCUUACUUUAGUAACAGAAGGAGAAAAGCUGCUGUCUUUCACAGAAUCCAGUGCUUCAGUAUGUCACCCUUGUAGUUGCCACUAAGUACGGGCAACAAUUGCAAUGACGGGGAAUAGUGUAGUCCCUGUAGUGUUGCCUGGGGACAAAUGCAUCCAUAGCACUGCAGAUUUUGCUCAUCCCUGGUUCACACUAACCAUCAUUUACACAAGCCACAGUUUGUUUGUUUUUAAUAUGAACAAUAAACCAUCUUUGAACAGGAA